AUGCCUCUCGUGUCCGAUGAUCCGUCUGCGGAGUUCAUGGGCUACGUGAACCUAAUUUCCGCGCCAGACCAAGAACUCCUUCGCAAGGCUCAGGCGCACUGCAUGGCCAACGGUCAUUUGCUAGAACGUUCCCCUGAACUUGCUAUUCUCGACGAUACUCCCGAUCGCGGAAGAUACGUUGCAAAGUGUAGCAAAUCGCACGCUAAGAAUCCUGGUGAAUACGGCCCUGGCGCUUUGUGCGCCUUCGUGUCGGACGUUCUGCCUGAAGAAGAUCUGGGCUACAUGCGGAGCCUGAAUGUCUCUCCCAAGGAUCUCAUGCAGUAUCAGGAAGCGACACAGGCGAGCCUUCAGUCGCACCACAUCGAGAGCUCGAAGGACGGUACGGCAGCUUUCGACCAUCAGCGUCAGCAAUUUGUGCGAGACAAAUACACGACUGUCAUCCCUAGCCAUCGUCAUAGACGUUCAGACGGCUCGCGAGUCAGGCGCGGGAACAAUAUGCCUCGCCCCAUCAGCCCAAGUACGGGAGCAGGGAAGAUGUUCGUCCCUUCGCCCCGGUCCAUCAUCCCAGGCCCUCGUCAACCUGUUCGACCGAUUCCUUUCCAGAUCGAAGUUAGGUUCUUUUUCCAUAAAGAUCGGGCACCGACCUCUAUAUUCCUUCCGGUCGGGUCGCAGGACGACUUUGUGUGGAUGUCAGACCACGGUACGCAUUGGAAGACGUACGACAUCGGUUUCGACGAGAUCAUUCUUGUUCUGGUUGUGGAUCAGUCAACCUUCCUCCCUGCCUGGGCGCCUGUUCGUCUGGGCGACUGGGUAUCUGCUGUUCGUCCUGAGCCAGUAGUUGCCAAACACUAUGGCAUAGAACCUGCGCCUGAGCAAAUGCUAGAGGUCUACCGGCAUGCUUACAGAGGUUCUUUAACGUCAAUUGUCUAA